UUCCAGUUAAUGGAGGCAUUGUUGUCAUAUUUUGCUACGAAGCUCCUAUGCAUUCGAGUUAUUUGUUAUUAUUUAGCAAUGUUAUCCUUCGGAAAGUUACAGGAAAUUACACCCAGAGAGUAGAGAUAACAUAUUUAAGAAUGAACGAACUUCACUGAACGGAGAAUUGUUUGGUCAGAUAACUGACAUGGAUGACUCAGGGCGAUCACAAGAACUCCUUGAGAGUGUGGAGAUGGUAACUCAAAUGCGAACAGAUGUGGUGAAACUUAACACAACUGGUACAGUAAAAGGUGAUGAGGAUGACGAACCACCCCCAGAAUUAAUAAGUGCUCAAUAUAUUAAUAUACAUCGUGUGCCAGAAACUCUGAGCAAGGGGCUAGUGGACUGUAGAUCACCAGCUCCUCAAACUUUAAUGAGUGAUGAAUUGAUGCAACACCAUGUUGUGCAUGGUGGUAUGGUUGUUGACAUGAUGGUUCCUCCACCUCCACACCCUCAAGAUUUCUCCCAACACACUCCUUUGGAUCGUGCCACACUUCCACAAUACAUACCUGAACAUUAUGAUGCAGAAGAUGAUCUCCUGACUCAUGAUUUAACAGAGGAAGAUCGACGGUUGGCAGCAGCAUUGGUUGCUGUUCAGCUGGUUCAACAACAAAAGCAACAACACCAUUCAGUAGUAACUUCAGAGUCAAAUGUGAUUGUUAGUCCAGGGGGGUUGCCAGGUCUCAUUACUGCUGCCGGCCACCUUGGAACUAAAGUCCAGGUACCUGUUUCUAUAGGAGAUCAUCAUCACAUGACAACCAUGACACCAAUGUCACCAGUUACAGGUGUGUCAGUGGACAAACCCGCAAUGGCUGCCAUGGUGUCUAGCUAUAUACAAGCUGUGGAAGAAGAAGCAGCUGCUGCAGCUAAUACUGCACAACAGCAUAUCUUAGAGCACCAUCAAGGAGACAGAAUCAUGAAGAUGUAUCAGCCACAACAUCAGCAACAAGAAAUGAGGUUACCACCCUUGCCCCCUCUGAAGAAAGUGCUUUCAAGUCAAUCCAUGGCUAUCAGAAGCCGCUAUGUUCGACCACACCUUCAAGAUGUAACACAACGGCAGGAUGUGAUUCAACAAGGAACGGGGGAACUGGUAAAUCGGUUGCAACAGCCUCAAGAGGAACAACAGCAGACUGUGUUAAUAGAUGAAGUGUCUGGGACUACUGUAGAAGAUGAUGAUGUUCUGAAGGAAGAGUAUGAUGUGAAAAGUGAGGGUUUAGAAGAUGAUUUGGGUGAUGAAAGUGAUGAACCUCUUCAAGAUGAUAAUGAUUCUGACUAUGAUAUUGAAAGUGACUUAAGACCUUCUAGGAGAAGUCUCCCACAUAAAAAACGUAUUCCGCGUAAGCUAAAAAAUCUAAAAAAUUUGGCCUCUCCUGCCAGAAGCAUUCACACCAAAGGUUAUAAAUGUGUGAAGUGUGGGGAACAGUUUAGCAGCCAGUCUGCAUGUGCUACACACCGUCUUACUCACAGCACCAAUAAGAAGGUGUUUAGUUGUGAACUGUGUGGAAAAUCUUUUGCCAAUCAACUCAAAUUCUUUGAACAUCUGAAAUCCCAUUAUGAGCCUACAGUAUCUACUGUGAUUUCAGAACCAAGUCCAAUAUCUAAUCCCAGUAACAAUAAAGAAAAAAUUACACCUAUGAAAGAAGAAUCUGAGGUGAAGGAAGAGAGAGAAAACAAACAGCCUACGGCAGCUUCAACUAUAGGGGCAAUUCCACCUCCUCUUACUUGUAAUCAGUGUGGCAAAACUUUCCGACGCCAGAAAGCCUUUGAAACUCAUGUAAAUCUAGCUCACCCAAAACAAGAGGAGAUUGAAGAGUUCAGUGAACCUGAGGAUUUAAUGGAAGGCAUCAGAGGAGUUGUUGAUGUUGGAGGUGUGGAUACUGGUGAUGAAGCAGAUAUGGAAUGUAUCCCAUCACCUCAAAUUGUCAGGGGUCUAAAAAAUAACAACGAGAAGGAAUGGUAUCGUGAGGAGGAUUUACAUGCAGCAGAAGCUGAUCUUCAAGAAAUAGAAGAGCAGCAUCAUCAUCAGCAACAGCAACACCAUCAUCCUCAUAUCAAUCACCAAAAUCUAGAUGAACCUGACAACAUUUGUGAGUUGUGUGGUGAUGUAUAUGAGACCAAAUCACAGUUGGAGCAGCAUGUUCAAACAGAUCACUUGGACUUUACACCAGAACCAAGAGGUAGGGGUGAAAUUUUAUCCCCAAAGAGACGAUUGCCUGGAAAAAGAUCCCGGAGAGCAGGACUUCAUCUCAUAUGUCCUCAGUGUGGUCGAAUGUUUAAUCACCGUAACUCCCUUGUUUAUCAUCUUCGAAGUCAUUCUGGUGAACGUCCACAUCAGUGUGAAGUAUGUGGAAAAAGCUUUUUUGCAGCAAGUGCACUAAAAGUACAUAUGCGUCUGCACUCUGGUGAUAAACCCUACAAAUGUGAGUUUUGUGGCCGACACUUUCGUCAGUGGGGUGACCUUAAGUAUCACUGUAUCUCAAUUCAUUCAGAGGAGAAAAACUAUCAGUGUGAAUAUUGUGGAAAGGAUUUUGCUCGCAAGUACUCGCUCAUAGUUCAUCGUCGCAUCCAUACUGGAGAGAAGAACUAUAAAUGUGAGUUUUGUGCCAAGAGCUUCCGUGCCUCAUCCUAUCUCCAGAACCACCGUAGGAUACAUACAGGUGAAAAGCCGCAUCCCUGUGAAGUCUGUGGAAAACCUUUUCGUGUCCGUUCUGACAUGAAGCGCCAUCUCAAUACACACAACCGUGAUAGGCAUCGUGGAAGUAAUGGCAGUUCUGUUACCACAUCAUCCGGUAGUGGGAGUGAUAUCCAUCAAAACUUACUUCAUGGUCAACCAAAACUGGAAGAGCAUGACCCGGAAUUGGAUCCAGAUCAGUUGGAUGCUCAUGGCAGCCUUCCUCCCAACCACACAAUUACUGUGGAACACCAAAGCAUCUCUGAUUUGAAUCCUGUCACAGAAAUCACCAUCCAACAAGAAAGUGGUGGACCAGAGAGCAUCUUACCAGAUGAAAGUCUGGGAGAUCCAAUUGUUGAGCAGCAACCCAUCAACCUCAAUAUUGCAGUGCCAGCUGUUGCAACAAGACAGUCCCAUACUCAUCAUCAACUGUCAGCAGCUGCGCAGGCAGUCUCUGAAGAAGUACUGCAUUACACACGGGACCCAUUAGAAACUAUACGAGAUGGAAGUAGUACUCUUUAUGUGUGGCCAAUCUACAUGACAUAGCUUCUGUGUUUCUGGUGAACACCAAUGGUUGUAUUAAAAAUGAAGUUUAUACAUAUUUGCAUAAUUGUUAUAAAGUAUUUUCUACGUACAGUCUAUAAUCCCAUUAAUUUGGUGCCAAUCAUUUUGGGAUAGACUGACAUCUCUCUUUUAAGAGGGGGAAGGAGAGACAAGUGAGGAUUAUCCAAGGCAAUAAUCAAUUAUUAAACCCCUUAGUUCCAUUUUAUCUCUGUACUAUUAACUCUGCAGCAUUUUAUUAGUCAAUCUUUAACAGUAAGUAUCUAUUCUGUGUUGUGAAUCUAUUUAACUAUAAUUUGUUUGCAUGAAAUGUCUUUACUUUUGUAUACCCCGAAGUGCAGUCUUCCUUCAUUCCCGGAAUAAGUAGUAAAAUUUCACUUUUGUUCAUUUUGAGUUUAAUACUCUGUAUAAUCUAAUAAAAUUUGAUAUGGUGAACAUUUAAAUAUAUUAUGUCAAUUGAAAUUGAACAUAUCUCUUUUGAUUUACAGAUACAUGGCAUAAUUUGUAUUCAUCAUUUAUUAUAUUGUGUGCGGGUUGUAUCGCCACCUUCUUUAUUAAGUCACAGAGGAUUAUUUAGUAAUUAAUUUCAUUCAAUAUAUGUACUAUAACUACUGCGGAAUGUACAUAAUAUUUUUACUUGCAGAAACUAGUUUAUCACAUCACAUGUAUUAAUAUUACUGAAGUACAAUUACCAAAAGAUGAUUAAUCCACCUUUUGGUGUGGGCUACGAACUGUAUUUGGUAUAGCCAACAGCUGUUUAGUUCAUACUGUAGUAUGUAGCUUUUCUGCUUGCAGAUAAUACAAGUUGUGAUGUAUUAAAUUCAUUCUUUGUAUAUUUGAGACUGAUAUUGGUAGUUCCCAUUGUUUAAUGGCAAUGAAUAUUGAGUGCUAUCUGCCUAUUUUUAUUAUUGCAACAAUGAAUUUAAGAAAGUUUGCAAUAAUUAAGUUUUAAAGACAUUGCAGUUUUUUUCUCUUUCUCAAAUGGAUGGCCUUAACAUAUUUUAUAUCCUGGAAUAUAAAGUUUUGUAUGUAAAAAGUGUUGCAGUUAUCAAGUCACUGGACUGAAAUAUAUAGGAUCAUUCAUAUGCAUUAGUUAUCAAAGCUCGAAUAGAUGUGACUGAGAAAUUAAUGCUGACUCACUGUUUUUCCAGGAUAAGUGCCAUCACCUCUUAACUGAAUGUCUGAAGAUAGGGUUGUGCAAACACCUGAAAAUUGGUGCAUUUUUAGGAGCAUAAUUGUCCUGAUUCAGAGUCCAUGUUUUGUCACAGAGGAAUUAUAACUAGCACAAAUGAAAUGUCCAGCCUUUGUUACCUAAUGGAAAAUAUGAAAUAAUUUUGGGCAUUGUUAGAAUGUUGGUAAGGUAGGAAUGAGCAUGCAGGAUGGGGGGCCAAAGUAAUAAUAGUAAUAACAGAAAAGCAUUAAGGGAAAUAGGACUUUUUAUGCUUAGUAGUUUUCAGAUUCUGGGAGCACAAUAUGUGGUACUGCAGGUGCUCAUUCUUAUAUGACCUAAUUGUUAUGAUGGCUGUGUAUUCAAUAUCUUAUGCUUCUACAUGCAGUGUUGUUUCAUUCCAAGUUGCUGUGUCACAUGUGGUAUCAAGUAUUAAGUUCUGUUAAUGAAUGCAGAGAAAGCAUGCCACCCCUACCAACGGAAGCUUCCUAUAAAUUGCAUUUACUGGUAGCUUGUAUAAAUUAGUAAAGUGAGUGGCUAUAUAUGCUGGACAAUCAGUUUUACUCCUGCUACAGACAGGAACUUUUCUUUUUGCUGCCAUGGGACCUACCAACCUCCUAUCUGGUUGGUGCCAGGAGCUGUUUCUCAAGGAUAAAGUAGGUGGUACACGAAGCUGAUAAAUUUAAAUUGGUAAUUAAUCAAAUGAUCUAUCUAAUAAUUAUGGAAAGAAUCAGCAAUUUGUUCUUUCCAUUCUAUUAUUUUUAUAAUUGUGAAUUCUAAGUACAGACAAAAUAAAUUCUGCUUUGUGAAAGACCAGGAUAAUUUAUUGUCAGAAUCACUGAUGUCCAAUCAUUGAGACCUAUAUUAAAUUAGCAUAUGAUGAUGUAUGUCUAAUUUGUUAACUCUUGGUCAUUUACAUGACGUUACAAUCAAAUGCUACUUGCUUUACCACAUAUUGUAUUCUCCUGAAUUUAAAUUAAAAAUGUGUAUAAAUUUUGCAUCAAAUAUUUUGAAAAGAAACCAUAGGAAUGAAAUCAUAUUAGAUAAAUGAAAAUCCAGUAUGCAGGAUUUGAGGUUUUCACGGUGGUGAGUCUGAAGAUGGCUGUUGUCUGAGUUGCUGUGUCAUGCAGUCUGGAAGACGGCCAUCUUUGAAACUCCAGUAAUUGAACACUUCAUCAUAAUAUGAGCUGCUGAAAUAUUGGAACCCACUGAAAACAUGAUGUAGCUAAUGAUCGAAACCCAAGAAUUGUUAACACUAUUGGUUCACAGAAUAGGGAAUGUUGUCCUCUUGUGAUAUACUGAUACAUUUUAGUUACUGGUACUUUUUCCACAGUAUGAUAUGUAAAAAAUAUUUUAAUAUGUUCACUCUGCAUUCUCCUUGUAAUCUUGUGUGAUUUCAAUGUGUCUCAUGUUUACAUCUAGAAUGGACAAAUAUCUGGAUUUAAUAAUCUGAUGAUUAUGAUAUAGACAUUGUUGGGUGCAACAUUAAUAAUAGUGAAACUUCUAAAUAUUAGCGCUUAAAAACAGUUUGCACAUCCAUGAGAGUGAAUAGUGUAAGAAAAGUAGAAUGUUUCAGACGUACUGUUCAUUUGUGGCAUUCAACUUAACCUGCAUUGUAAGGCAGCUGUUUAAUUGGUAAAUUGCUCAGUGGUAGUGGUUAUUUCCUUGUUUUGUGACAGAAAUGCACAUAUGAAAAUAGAAUGUGUCAUAAUAAUGGUUGACACUACUGUUGUCUGGUUUCAGGGGUUAGAUAUAUAAUAGCAUGAGAACCAUGAAUGCAUGACAUAUGGCAAAGAAAAGUUCUAUCUUCUGUCAGAAGAUAUUAUUUUCAGAAUGUGAAUAGUAGUAUUAACUUUCAUUCUCUUUAUUUAUCAGUGGCUAUCUUAUGUUAUGUUGAACUAGUGAACAGCAUAGAUAUACCAGUUGUGAUGAGAGCUUAAGAACAGUUAAAAUACCUACAGAUACCCACAUUAGGAAGCUAAAUUACAACUUUCACUAGUGCUGUCAUUUAUAUCAAUGGCAAUCUUGAAUGCCUGAGUAAGAGAAAAGAAGUGAUGUAGUGUAAUAAUUUCAAAAUAAGCUAAAGUAUUUAUAAGAUUGAACCUUUGACCAUACUCAUUUACACGGGAUAUGAAUCUGAGAGUUCCCAACAGACCACUGGUUUUUAUUACUGUUAAAUCAAUACUUAUAGGUAUUGUGAAAUUAAAUUUUUUGAACUGGUGUUUCGGUGAAUAGUGAUUAUAAUAUCUGUAAAUAGCUGCACAUAUAAAUCUGUUUAAAAAAAUUUUAUACUUAUAUAUGUUGGUAUAAUGUUAAAUGGAUACUGUUGUUAUAGAUCAGGAUGAAGGGAGUGAGCUAUUUAUAGGAAAUAGCAUUAUUGCUGAUUUGAUAAUGAAUCUGGGAUUUAGUGAGACCAUCUUCCAGGUAGAGAUGGUAACUACUGACCAUUAAGUUUUUGGGAAGGAUGUUUGUUUAUAACUGACUGAAGCAGAUAAACUAUUACAGACAUGAGUCUUUCAUUUCACUUGAAUCAAAAUGAAGGGAACAAUCCCAAUAUUAUAUGAGUGACAAAACUUACUGAAGAUGACUAUCAUUUGGGAUUUCUGAUCAUUGCCCUGAUGAUGAAGGCAGUAAGUACUUCUGAAAUGUCAGCCAGUUUCUGCCAGGCUACAUAGCACAACGUCUCAGAAGA